UAAUUACGCGGUAUUUACGUACACGCGCCUUCUCGAUCUCGUGUAUUCGAUUCCCUGACUAGACUAGCGUUUAUGUUCUCGAAGCGUUAAGAUGUAAUUUCAAUGUUCCUUGUUAAUUUUUAUAAUAAACGUUGUUAUUUGUUGUUGACGUGCGUUAAUAUGUUUCCUACAUAUUCAGAAGUGGUCGGACCUGUGUCUCGUAUGACAUCGCUAUCGUUACAUUCGUUUUUGAAGUGUUGAAAGUUCUUGUGUUGUUCUCGAUCACCCUCGAAAGCAUGGCGGCAUCGAAAAAUACGAUUCCAAUUGAUACGGUGAGUGAAAUUGUUCGAGCGGCUAGCAGCGCUGUGCUAUUGCCCAACAUUCCACACUUUACCGGCGAAGUAUCAUCGACGGAAGCGAAACAGUGGCUGAACAGCAUCGAAAACCAAGCAACCAUUGCCGGGUGGAACAAUAUACAGAAAUUAGAAGCAGCGAAGCGUUUAUUGCUAAAAGCGGCCAAAACCUGGUAUCUCCUGUCCGCAGACGAUAUCAAAACGUGGUAUGACUUUCGACAGCAAUUUUCCGAGACGUUUAUCGGAAGCGAAACCAACGUAGUCGACAAGUGGGAGCGUUUUUCCCUCCGAGCCCAAAACGAAAACGAGUCACCGAUCGAAUACAUCUUCGAUAAGCUGCGGUUAGCUAAAGAUGUCGGCGCAUCAGUGACAGAUUCGAAAAAUGCGGUAUGUUCUGGUUUUAAAAACGAGGAAAUGGCCAACUUCCUACGUGUAUACGAUUAUUCGAAAGCGGCGGAUUGGACCAGACGUCUUCGUGAGUUCCAGUCAAGCAAACCAUCGUUAAAUCGUCCUUCAUCGCCCAGUGAUUCGUCAUCUGACAACGAUUCGAAUUCCGAGGAGAAAUCGAGUGGCUGCCUUUCUAACGUUUCUGAAAGCGGUCCAUUUCAACGAGGAAAAUCGUGUGUCGAGGACGACACACCGGAAAGGAUGGCCGAUUGUGGGAAAUAGUCAUCGUAAUUACGCGGUAUUUACGUACACGCGCCUUCUCGAUCUCGUGUAUUCGAUUCCCUGACUAGACUAGCGUUUAUGUUCUCGAAGCGUUAAGAUGUAAUUUCAAUGUUCCUUGUUAAUUUUUAUAAUAAACGUUGUUAUUUGUUGUU